AUGCAGUGGCUUGUGAGUGGUUGCAGCACAGGCUUAGGCCUCGAGAUCGCACGAGCUGCUCUUAAAGCUGGCCAGAAAUGCAUCGCCACGUCCCGCACUCCAGCCAGCUCUCCUGAUGCGGUCGAGGAUAUUGAGAAACUCGGCGGCGUUUGGGCGAAGUUGGACGUAUCCAGUCCCAGCCUUGAAAGCGAUAUCGACGAGAUUGUCAAAAUACACGGAGCCGUAGAUGUGGUGGUAAACAAUGCCGGGUACGCCGAUGGCGGGCCUCUGGAGACAAUGGACCUUGACAAGGCCCGCCAGAUGUUUGAGACGAACUUGUGGGGACCCAUCCGUAUCAUCCAAGCGCUCGUCCCAUCCAUGAGAAGCCGACACUCCGGAGUUAUUGUCAAUAUCUCCAGUGCAACCUACUGGAAUGCCCCUCCUGGGGCCGCUAUGUAUGCCGCGUCCAAGUUUGCGAUCGAGGGCAUGUCCGAGGCGUUGGCUACUGAGUUGUCGCCCUUCGAUAUCAGGGUGUUGAUCGCUGAGCCCGGCGCCAUGAAGACUAGCUUCUACGACCUGAAGAAGAUGAAGAUGCCGCCCAUCUCAGAUGCUUAUAAGGGCACUGUCACAGAGUACGUGUUGCAGGCCAUUGCAGGUCUGAAUGACGGAGCGCGGCAGGACCCGAAGAAGACUGCUGAGGCGAUUGUGAAGGAAGUGUUAGAGCCUUCGUCGGACUCCAUGACUUUGAGAAUGCCACUAGGAAAGGAGUCUCUUGGGGGAAUGAGGAAGAGAGCAGAGCAAUAUGUUAAGAUAGCCGAUGGCACAGAAGAAGUGGCCGUGGCUUGCGAUUUCUGA